UGUACGCCUUCUGUGUAUGCAAUAGAACAAGAACACAAUACAACGACACAUAAAAAAACCAACAUUUUUAUAUGGAUAGGAAGAUGUAACAAGAUCCAGAACAAUCUACUUCCUUGUUUAUGUCUUUGGGCUUUCUAUACAUCUACGCACAGCUCCUCUGUGCACGCACAUUCCAGACGGUUCCUUCUCAGUGGGCGACAGUAUUGUGCGGUUGGCGCCUUCUGUGCUAUUUACUGUCUACAGAAGAAGGAAAUUCUUUCUAACUGUGGGGUUUGGCCAUGUUUUGACACGGGGGCCUUCUUGAUGGUGUGAAUCCUGUGCUUUUAAUCAACAAUGCCAUCUCUGAGAACUCUUCUCGUUUUUUUCUUGGUACAAGGUCUGGCCACAGAGUCGCGCGGUGAAGAGCAAACUUGGAGACCCGUCAACAGGUAUCGGAGACGGAUAUCUGGUCAGGAUUUCGGCCCGACAGAGGAGGGGACACGCAUUUUUCGAACAUGUGCCACAAGAACUGAUGCACAUACCGCUGGUAUGGUGUGGCAAAUGCAGUUAGCGGCGGGAACAAACAAAACAGUCGCAAAAUGUGAGACAAGUCAAGUAGGCCUACCUUACAGAUGCACUUUGUCCAGCCCGGUGUUUUCCCGCGACUUCAAUAUAAUGGAAGACCAGACACAGAUUACACUCACAUGGAACGCUGAUAGAAGGUUUUUGUCUGUGGCAUGCUCACAGUCAGAGAUAAUUAUAGGCAACUGGACCCUUGUUACGUAUUCAAAACCGAAAGACCUCACGUGCAGCGGUCCAGAAUUUACAAACAAAAACAAUACAGUGUCUGUGACGUGUGUGACCAGUGACAUCUUUCCUGAACACCCCCGAUGUGUGCUGUACAAUCAUCUUCAGAGAUCACCUGUCAAGACGUCCCUGCCCCCGAGUUAUGGCAGAGACACAGCUAGACCUUCGUGCACGUUCACAAUCCAGGCAUCAGAGCUGGGGGCAGGAACCCACAGACUGUCAGUCAACAUGUAUCCACAGUUUGAUGGAAGUGGAGAGAAUUACGGAGUGACUAUAACGAUAUCUCCUGACGUCACUUUUUCUUAUCCAGUACCCGAAUUCGUCAACUGUCCUUCUGGAGCCCAGGUCAAGCGCAAUUUUAUCAUGUCCGGAUCAACAGCCACUUGUGGAUGUCGUCAGAAAACUCCGGGUUUUCCCCAAGGCACGGUUGUUCUGUCUCAAGGGGGGUCUACCCUGGGCUCAGGAACUAUCGCCUCAGGGAGUGUCGUCAACCCUGGGAACAACAACGAAAGCCAGAGGUUGACGUGUCGUUCCAAGUCUUCCCUGGGUCAAGCAAGCCCCUCUGUCUCCAAGAUCGUCCAGUUUGCAUAUGGCCCUGAAGACGUCACGUUGGAGAGAAAAAACGUGAGACCAGAGGAGUCCGGAACGUAUAACAUGUGUCCGUCAGCUACUCCGGAUAUAACAAUGGAAUGUUCUGUGAAAAUUGUCUCCCCAGUAGCAGAUUUUACCCUCACUAUGACGCCACCAGGAACACAAAAUAUUGAUUCUUGUAGGAAUACAGAAAACAAGUGUUCCUACAUCUUUGUGCCUUCAAGGGGAGGUAAUCAUGACUUCCAGUGUAACGCAGUGAACAGAGCUUUUGGAGAUUUGAGCAGAGACAGUCCACCUGUACAUGUCUAUGUCCGAGAACCUCCCAAAACGGCCCCUACACUGAUCAUCGAAGGUAAAACUUUCACUGGUGCCAGUGCAGGUAACAUCAUUGGUCUUGAAGCAGGCACAGAACACAGUGUGGAGUGUCACGUCGAUGGGGGAUUCCCAGAAAUCUCUGCCUCAGACAUCUCUCUACAGUGUGGGGGUCGGGACGUUACUGACGGGAAGUUUGUCCCCCCCUUGUUGUCGGUUUGUCUCAACGAGACCAGCUGUAGUUGUCGGGCAGAACAUCCUAGUGGGUGCUACGACUUGACGACAGAAGUCAUCGUCUUUUUCACAGGCGGAGGCACAAACGGCGAGAAACUGGAACAAGGAAAUGAUGAUCAGGAGACGAUAGCAAUAGCAGUUGGGACAGCCUUGGCAUCGUUUGCCCUGGGCUGUGUUAGCACAGUGGCCAUGUACUGUCUGUUGUCUAGGAAAGGAUGGCUUCACAAGAAGAGUAAUAAAUGCUCCAGGUCUGGAAUCCCAAAGGAGAAGAAAGAGCCAGAUUCAGACGGGCUCCCCUAUGAGUUCUCUGACCUACAUCUCAAUGAUAUGGCGUUUCCGAACCAACACGACGACACGAGGCGGGGCACGGGGAACCCCACAGAGGCCAGCGCUAAUGCAGGCCGUCAAGAAGAAAGUCCGUACUCGUACGUGGAUUCGGACUACACAUUAUUACAGGACGUGAAAUCGGACUUCAGAUCAUCACAGGACAUCCACACCCCGGGCCUCAUUGGAAAAACCAUGGCGGAAACGAUUCCACCUGAGGCACCACAGGCCCGUAGUGACGGGAGAUGUUACGACAACUUGGCCGUGACGUCAUCGGUGUCGAAGGCAGGACUGGGAGGUCAAGGUCAGACCCACAACCCUGGAACGUAUGACGUACUUGCUGAUCCAGCCAGUGGAGCUUUUGCUUCUGAUCCUUACAUGACACUUCAACCCGAGGCUGAAUAUUCUAUCGCUGGUGCAAUGGACGGUCCGUCUUCUUCCCCGUAGAACAAUUGCACAGGAAAAUGGACCUAUGUGAACACGCUG